GAAAUCAGAUGUUGUUUGUUUACUAUAGUAAAUUUACCUAAAAUUUUCGUAUCUUUAAUAUUUUUCGAAAAUAGGACUAUUUAUAAUUAGUAAAUAUAUUUUCAAACAUUGCAAGUAUUUAAAAAUUUUUAACAAUGGAAAACAAAGUGGAAAGCUGUACAGAAACAUCAACGUCGCAAACUACGCAGGAACAUGAUGCAUUCCUGGAUUCACCAAUACGUGGCCCAACCCUCUCAACUAGUACAUCUAGUUUUGAAGCAUUAGAUCCCCACGAUCCCAAUUUAAGUAAAUUGGCUACAAAAAUGUUUCGCAAAACCGAGGAGUAUAUAAGUAAUGAGCUGAACGCACCACUAGAAGAUUACAAGCUGUUGGAAGAAAUGAAUAAAGCUACUGUAGCGAAAUAUUCCGAUAUGCAACAAAUAGCUGAAAAUUUGAGCGUGUCAACAAAUGAAUUAAGCAUAAAAUUUCUACAACUGGUACCCCUAAUGAAACAAAUCGAUGAAAUUUCAGACACCGUUGACAAACUUGAAGCUGCUGCAUAUAAAUUGGAUGCUUAUAGCAUUGCUCUUGAAAAUCGUGUCAAGUCAGUACUCCAGCGAAAAUCAACAAUGCAUUAGACUUUUAUUAUAUUUAUUACU